AUGUCAAGUACAAUUCCUGAUGAGAAAGUUGUUAUCACCUACGUAUCAUUUCUGUGUUCGCGGCUUCUAGAUCUCCGACAAGAAACUCGAGCUGCUCAAUUAAUUCAGUCUGCUUGGAGGAAUUACAGGCUGAAAAAGGAACUGAAACUUUCUCAGGAAAGAGACAGAGCUGCUCGGAUAAUUCAAAAAUGUGCAAUAAACUACUUAUCUCGCCAACGCAUCCUGAAGAAAGUGAAUGCAGCAGUUUUCAUCCAGAAGCACUGGAGAAGAUACUUAGCUAGGGUGAUUUUUUUAAAUCUGAAAAAGACAAAACUGGAAGAAGCCAGAAGUAAAUCUGCCACUAUCAUUCAGGCUUAUUGGAGGAGAUACUCUGCUAGGAGAAGAUAUUUAAAGCUAAGAUACUAUGUUAUCUUUCUACAAGCAAGGAUAAGGAUGGUGAAGGCUGUUGCUGUGUAUAAACGAAUUGUUUGGGCUACUGUUACAAUUCAGAGUCAUCUGCGUGCAUCUAAGUUGGCAAAAAAAGACCGUCGAAGAUAUGAAAUCUUAAAGUCUUCAGUACUGGCUAUUCAGUCUGCCUUCAGAAGGUGGAAAAAAUACAAAAUUCAACAGAAAACUAAAGCAGCCUUAGUGCUUCAGAUUUAUUUUCGAAAAUGGCGAUCUUCAAAACUGGCUGAAAGAAAGAGGGCUGCUCUUGUCAUACAGUCUUGGUACAGGAUGCACAGAGAUCGGAAGCAGUAUCUACAUUUUAAGCAAAGUAUUACCAAGAUUCAGGCUUGGUACAGGAGUCAGCUGACUAGACGUAUUUACCAGGACCACAGGGCAAAAAUAGUGACAAUUCAGCAGUAUUACAGAGCUUAUAAACUAGCAAAAAUUGAAAGAGAGUACUAUUUGCAAAAGCGAGCAGCAGUGAUAGUUCUCCAAGCUGCUUUUAGAGGCAUGAAGGCACGCAAACUAUACAGGCAGACAAAAGCAGUUUGUGCUGUUCAAUCACUGUGGAGAAUGAAGAAAGAGAAACUAAAAUUUCUACGAUUAAAAAAAUCUGUUACUACGUUGCAGUCGCAUGUGAGAAAAUAUCAACAAAUGCAAAGUUACAAAAAGAUGAAAAAUGCUGCUUCUGUAAUUCAAACCUGGUACAGAGCACGUGUUGCUUCUAAAAAAGCAGCUGCUUCUUUCCAGAGGAUGCGCCUGGCUGCUAUUGUCCUGCAAUCUGCCUACAGAGGAAUGGUAGCUCGGAAACGGGCUCACGUACUGAGAUCAGUGAUAAAAAUUCAGUCCAGUUACCGUGCUUACAUUGUCCAGAAGAGAUUUAAAAACUUGAAAGCUGCAACAGUGAUGAUUCAAGCUUUUGUAAAGAUGAGGCAAGCAUACAAGCAUUAUCAUGCAUUGAAGGAGGCAACACUCUAUGUCCAGCGAAGGUAUCGGUCUCAUAGAUAUGCUCUUCAACUUAAAGAAGAUUAUAGGAAACUGAAGGGAGCUUGCAUAAGAAUUCAAGCUGUAGUUCGAGGCUAUCUUGUCAGGAAACAAAUACAAAGGUGGAAGAAGACUGUAGUAUUUCUCCAGGCACACUACAGAAUGAGAAGGGACAGGCAACAUUAUUUAAGCAUCUAUAGUGCUGCUGUUGUCAUUCAAAAACGUUAUCAUGCAUACAAAAAGCAACUGUGCCAGAGGCAGAAGUUCUUACAAGUUAAAAAAGCAUCUGUGUGCUUACAGGCAGCCUACAGGGGUUAUAAAGCACGCAAAAAGCUUAAACUUGAAUGUAGAGCUGCUAUUAAAAUUCAGACUGCUUUUAGAGCUCAUGCUGCAAGAAGGAAAUACAAGGCAAUGGUUCAGGCCUCCGUUGUGGUUCAGAGGCGGUACAGAGCUUAUAAGACUGGUAACAGGCAAAGACUGAACUUCUUAAUGACAAGAGAGGCAGUGCGUUCUUUGCAAGCAGCUUUUCGUGGCUGGAAGGUACGAAAGCAGAUUCAAAGACAAGGUGUCGCUGCUACUAAGAUACAGUCUGCCUUCAGAAAAUUCAUGGCUCUGAAAAAAUUCAGACUUGUGAAGCAUGCUGCACUAAUUAUCCAAAAGCAUUACAGAGCCAGUGUUAUAGGCCAGAAACAACGGCAAGAAUAUAUUCAGCUGCGUAAUGCUGUAGUGCAUCUUCAGGCAAUAUGGAGGGGGAAAACUGUGAGAAAAACAAUUCAAAAGAAACAUCAUCUUGCAACAAUUAUUCAGUCCUAUUACAGAAUGCAUGUGAAUCAACUAAAAUAUAAGAAACUAAGAGAAGCCACUCUAGUGAUUCAGAAAUACUUUAGAGCUUACUGUAUGAAAAAAAACCAAUGUGCAAUUUAUCUAAAAACAAAGGCAGCUGUGCUCAUCUUGCAGUCUGCCUACCGUGGGAUGACUGUGAGGAGACAACUGAGCAAACGAAACAGAGCUGCGACAACUCUACAAGCUGCCUUCAAAUCUUACCUGGUCAAAAAGGACUACGAAAGACUUAGAUCUGCCGCUAUAGUAGUUCAAAGGCAUUAUCGUGCAUUUAUUCAUGGUAAAUGUCAAAAGCAGAAAUAUUUGUCUUUAAAAAAAGCCACAAUCAAAAUGCAGGCAACUUAUAGAGGUGUAAGAGUUAGACGUCAAAUUCACUGUAUGCAUCAAGCAGCUAUUUGUAUCCAAGCCACAUUUAAGAUGCAUCACAUGAACAUAAAGUAUCAGGCAAUCAGAAUGGCAGCAAUUAUAAUUCAAAGGCAAUAUAGAGCAUUUUGUUUAGGCAGAGUGCAACGUAAAAAGUACUUGCAGCUAAAGAAGUCUGUCAUUAUCCUUCAGGCUGCCUAUAGAGGCAUGAAGGUCCGACAAGAAUUAAAAGCUAUGCAUCAGUCAGCAGCAGUAAUACAGUCUUAUUAUCAAAUGCACAAACAACAGAGAUAUUUCAGAAAUUUGUUGCUGGCAACUAGGCGGAUUCAGCAGUGGUUUCGCGCUUGUAAGGAGCGAGAUAUACAAGUUCAGAACUAUAUGAUGAUGAAAAGGGCUACGCUUUGUAUCCAGGCUGGAUUCCGUGGUAUGAAAACAAGAAGACUCGUAAGAACCAUGAGGGAAUCAGCUGAGCUUAUUCAAAGAAGAUUUAGAACUUUUCUCAAAAGAAAGCAUUUUCUUUCCAUUAAGACAGCUGCUAUCACAAUUCAGAGAAAAUACAGAGCAACAAAACUAGCAAAAAAUCAACGUCAAAAAUACCUCUCUCUCCUUAAUGCUGCUAUUAUCAUACAGUCUGCAUAUAGAGGCAUUGUGGUAAGAAAAAAAAUGCAGCAAAUGCAUAAAGCGGCUACGAUUAUUCAAGCAACGUUAAGAAUGCGUAAAAUUUACACUUCUUAUCAAGCUGCCAGGCUUGCCUCAGUAAUCAUACAGCGACGUUAUCGUGCUUACAGGGAAGGGAAGUGUAUGAGAGAAAUGUACUUAAAACUGUACAAUUCUAGUUUGGUUCUUCAGGCUUCCUACAGAGGAAUGAAAACAAGAUGCUUCUUGAAGAAAAGACAUGAGGCAGCACUUAUAAUACAGAGAAACUACCGAAUGUAUAGGGAGUACCAUCAUUACAGAAAAAUUCAGUGGGCAACCCAGCUAAUACAGAAGAGAUACAGAGCCAAUAACUUAAGGAAAGUUGCAAUGCAGAAUUACUCUUCAUUAAAGAAAGCAGCAAUUUGUAUUCAGAGGGCUUUUCGAGACAUGCAGGCAAAAAAACAAUAUAAAGGAAUGCACUGUGCUGCUAUCGUUAUUCAGAAAAAUUUUAAAGCUUUUAGAGAACGUCAAAGAUAUCUCUCUCUCAAAGCAGCUACAAUUGUCUUUCAGAGAAGGUACAGGGCUUUGAUUCUGUCAAGACAACAGUCCUUGGAGUAUCUUUCUCUCUGCAGAGCAACUAUUUGUAUACAGGCUGUGUACAGAGGUAUCAGAGCGCGGAAGAGUAUCAAGCACAUGCAUUUAGCUGCUAGUGUAAUACAGUCUGCCUACAAAAUGCACAGGAAUAGAAGAUCCUAUCAAAAUAUGAGAAUUGCAGCUAUUGUUAUACAGAACUACUAUCGAUCCUACAUUGAAGGAAAGAUGCAACAAAAGAAGUAUCUGACAAUGAAGAAUUCUGCUCUUGUUAUUCAAGCAUCAUAUAGAGGCAUGAAGGAACGACAGAAACUGAAAAACUUUCUUGAAAAGAGAGCAGCGGCAGUAACUAUCCAGUCUAUGUUCCGAUGCCAAAGAACAAGGACUCGCUAUCAACUGAUUCGAAGUUCAGCGGUUGCUAUUCAGAGGUGGUACAGAGCAUGUCACAGGGCCCGUCUACAGAAAGCGGAGUAUUCUGCUCAAAGACAAGCAAUAGUAAUUAUUCAGUCUGCCUUUCGUGGUAUGAAAGCAAGAAAAAUAGCAAGACAAAUGCGAGCUGCAAGAAAGAUUCAGUCUUUUCUUCAGAUGGCUGUGCAGCGUAGAAAAUUUGUUCAACUUAGAACAGCAGCUGUUACAUUACAAGCCUAUUUCCUAAUGCAUAAAACUAAAUCACAGUACAGAAGCUAUAAAAAAGCUGCAGUUGUCUUACAACGAUGUUACCGAUCCCACUUGACUGUGAAAUACCAAAGAAUGACUUACUUACAGACCCAGAGAAACAUUAUCAUUCUCCAGGCGAGAGUCAGAGGGUUCAUAGAAAAGAAGAGGUUUCACAGAAUCAAAGAAAGCACAAUAAAAAUUCAG